UUGGGCUGGGCUGGCCCGGGUCCCGGGAGUGGGGGGUGGAUAGAGGGGACUCUCCCAGUCCCGGACACUGGGAGCCGGCCGGGAUGGUGCUGCGGAGCGGGUUGCUGGAGGUGCGGAGCCCCGAGCCGGAGCCUGAGCGCUGGCGGCGGCUGCUUGCUUCCUUGUCCGAGGAGUCGCUGCGGCUGAGCCCGGCUGGAGCUCCCGCUGGACAUGGCCUGAGUAACGGGGAGAGUGAGCCGCUGCAGCCGCCUGUUCCUCAGGCGGACUCGGAGCCCGGCUCCGGCCACAAGCGCACGGUCCGCAUCGUCAAGCAGGAGGCGGGGGGUUUAGGUAUCAGCAUCAAGGGCGGCCGCGAGAACCACAUGCCGAUCCUGAUCUCGAAGAUUUUCCGCGGAUUAGCGGCCGAUCAGAGCGGCGAGCUGUUUGUCGGAGACGCCAUCCUCUCGGUGAACGGCACCGACCUGCGGGAAGCCUCGCACGACCAAGCGGUGCAGGCGCUCAAGAGAACCGGCAAGGAGGUUCAACUGGAAGUGAAGUACCUGAAGGAAGUGUCCUCCUAUUUCAAGAACACCUCUGCGGGCUCUGUCCAGAGUUGGGAUUCCUCAUCAACCCCUGGUAGUGGGGCUAACUCUCCAGCUGGCCUCCACCCACCCCCACAUGGGGACCUGGAGCAGGAGAAAACCAUCCCCUUGAAAAUGUGUUACCUCCGAAGAAAAAUCCAAGCUCCCGACCAGGAGAAGAGGUACAUUGACCUCUCGUCUGCUGAUGGAAAGUCCUCUGUAUCUCUGCGGCUGAAGGACAGUGCCACUGCUCAGUCCUGGUUCAGUGCCCUUCACAGUAAUGCCAGUGCCCUCCUGCCCAUGGUGAAAGCUGAGAUUAGAGCCUUGGCUGGUAACUCGGGCAUAGCUGGCAGUAAAGAAAUUAAACACGUGGGCUGGCUAACAGAGCAGAUACCGGGUGAUGUGGAAAAGCCAGUCCUCGCCAUUCUCACUGAGAAGGACUUGCUGCUGUACAACAGUUUACCGCAAACCAGAGAGAGUCUGAACAGCCCCAGCUCCAGGCACCCCCUCAUUGCGACCAGAUUGGUUCACUCAGGUCCUGCCAAGGGCUCCCAGUUGGCUGACUCCUCAGAGCUGUCCUUUGUCCUGAGGGCUGGUACUCCACACGGCGUGGAGACCCACCUGUUCUGUGCAGAGAUCCAGCUGGACCUGUCAGUGUGGACAUGCCUUCUGGUCAAUGGCUGUCACAGUGCGGCUGAGCUAAUCCAGGAGGUCAUCACAGCGUGUACCUGGAACGGCCAGGAUUGUAAACUCGCUGUGCACCUGGAAAAGGGCUUCACCAUCUACCAGGACACCUCUGACAUGGGCAAACGCAAGAUUCUCCUCAGCCAGCCCUUUGAGAAACUUCGCAUGUCGUCCGAUGAUGGAGUCAAAGUGCUUUUCCUGGACUUUGGGGGCCCAGAAGGGGAGAUUCAACUCAACCUACAGUCGUGCCCCAAAACCAUUGUCUUUAUAAUCCAUUCAUUCUUGUCAACGAAGGUGACUCGACUUGGCCUCCUGGCCUGAUGCUGAACAGUGACCAUGGAUUAUGAGGACGAGUCGGGGAGAUGGAGUGGAGAUUCAUUUGGAUCAUCUGACCAACAACGCAACCAAUGAGCGCAAAUUAAUACUUCAUUAGAAGCUGUGUUUUUAAUCUGUGACAGAGUUACAUUUGCCUUUUGCAUUUGUCAAUUUACCAAGUGCCUGUUACUAAACUUCAUCCCUUCAACAGUUCCUGGCCGUGCUGUGUUGGUCUUUAGGCUCAGGGCAUGUAGGUAGGACACUGACUGAGGUAAUCCAGCAUUGAAAUUCUACUGCUUCUAAUUUGAGAAUAUUUUAAAGCCUAGAAAUGGAACAUUGGGGACUCAAUAGCUAAGUGAUGUGACAGCUGUUUGGUGGCCACCUUGCCAGCUGGUUCACUAAUGUCCUUGAGGGAAGGAAAUCUGCCGUUCUCAGCUGGUCUGGCACGGCCUGGCCCACGUGUUACUCCAGAACCCAUACCAAUGUGGCUGACUCCCAACUGGCCUCUGAGAUGAUCCUAAUGAGCCCCUCCAUCAGAUCAAAUCUGUAACAAAGAUUAACCAAAACCUGCCACAGACCAUGCAGUUCACUUUGUUAAAACAACUCUCCAGAUUUAUCAUUGUCGUGCCCUCUACAACAAAUAACUCUCAAGGUCACGUCAUGCAAAUAAACUAUUUCUCGUGAAUUUCUCAGGCAGAAUAUUUAGGUUAGACUUCAAGGAGUGUGUAGAAAUCCUUCAGAGUGCCAUUGCUUCCUUCCUUUAUAUGUCCCCCAUCGAUAAUUGCUGUUACUUAGUGAGGGUUUAGCUCUGGGGAAUGACUGAAUAUUCCCAGUCUAGGGCCAGAGGAGUUUUUUGUGCCUAAUCUUUCUCCAUUCUCUUUCUGGAGUUAACUAAUCAUUAGGUGAGAUUGAUAGCGAUCAUGAGGACUCAGUACUGGAUGGGUAUUAAUCCCCUCCCACUUUCUGAAUUCCUAAUACAUGGACACCAGAACACCUUCAGAGCCUUCGAUAUGUCUCUUGGACCCAGUGAGCUUGCUGUAGGCUGAGCCACAGUUUUUCCUGACUCACAGCCUUUGCUGCAUUUAUUGUUAUCAGUGCAUCAAGGCCCCAAUCUAAUUGCCUUCCCCCAGUCUAGGCCCCAGUGUGUUUUUUUGCCACACAGAGCUUGGUAAACUGGAGACGUUGGUGUGGGUGCUUGGCUUUGGCAGGUUUCUCAAGUAUCAGCUUAUUGUUUGUCUCCAGUCAUUCUGAAGUUAUGCUUCAGCCAGAGGCCAGGCUGCCCUCGCUGUUCUACGGGCCUUUGAUUGCUUUUCCAGUUUCUCUGAUAGAUUGUGCACAAUGCCUUUGUUGUAGUUGCCAAACACUUACACUCCUCAAUGUUGAAAGAACAUUUCCUUUUAUAAACACUAAUUCGUUUCUCCAUCAAAUGAGCACUUGCAAUAUUACACAUGAUGCCUUGUGAUAUUCUUUUGAUGUUAUGAACUUUAAAAAAAUAUUUUCCUACAUUAGUUUGUAGCGAUCGGAACGAGGUAUUACUGUAACCUUGGCAAACCCUGCUGGGGGUUUUCUAUCCCACCAUCCAAGGAUCCCUGGGAGUUGGAGACCCCUUUGGCUGGGUGAGAUCCCAGCCGAGAUCCCAGCUGGCUGAUCAGGUCCCAUAUCAUUGUGACACUCUUCAUUUAAUUAGCCAAUUUACUCCAAAUUGUUAUGAAGCAAGUAGUUUCAAUCAGCGACAGAUCAUGACACUCCCUCUCUCUCAUCCUUGCCCCUCUCUGUUACACACUUCCUCUCUCCCUUUCACUCGUCUCUCUGUUUAAUCCUUUGCUAUGCCUCCAUACUUGUUGCCUCUCCUUCCUCCUGUUCCCCAUCCUCCUCCUCCUCCUUCCUUUCUCCCUCUCACUCUCUCGUUCCCUAUCACUAGCACAUGACUUAUGAUUCUUCCCCCCAGGUCACUGUCCUCCAGUAAAGGUUUCUUGAUUAAUACCUCGGCCAAACAUCUCAGAGCACCCAAGGAUCUUGAGGCUCAGUGAUCAGAGGGACACACGUUGAAGGAGAUAAACCAGAGGCGGAGAUGAGAAUUGACUUUGGUAUGGUCAGUGGCUGUGAUUUGGAACAUGCAUCCCAAAGGGACAUUGGCACACAUUCAGGAGGGAAUUGGAUAAAUAUUUGUAAAAGAAUAAAUAAAACCUCUGGAUAUUGGGUAAGAAGCAGGAGGACGGGACAAUUUGGAUGAUUACUUCAAAGAGCGGGCUGAGGGUUAAUGGGUGGAAUGGCCUGCAUCUGUUGUGUAGGAAUAGAAAUGCGAAGCUCCUGAGCCCCUGUAGUCUUGGGACCAGCUGUAGCAGCUAGAGGUCAUCCCUGUCACUCCCACAGUUUAUACCAGUUCCUAAUUCACAGCCAAGAUUUCUCACAGUUAUAAUCAGACAGAACCUUAUCUUCUUUCCUUCGCUUCUACGAGUUUAUAUCUCACACCAAUGUUUGCAGAGAAGCUUUGUAUAUUAUAUCAUUAUUAAUUUAAAAAUGAGCUUUGCUGGUUUCAUUGUAUAUACCUUGGAUGUGGAAUUAAAAUCAAGACAUUUAUAAUCUGUG